UGGAGUGGUGGUGACUGUGGUAGAAGUUCAUCCCUAUGAGGACGUGAUGAAUGACAAGACAGGGGACAAGGAGAACCACCACGCAAAGAGUGUGGUCUCCGCCCUUCACCGAGGCCUGCACUCGUCUGGCAAUGCUGCGUGUCGUGUUUUCAUCGUGGACCACACUGACGGCAAUGCCUCGGCGGCUGUCUGGUCAGUCCUCACAAGUGCUCGUCACAUUAUAGUUAUUUGAAGCUACGUAUAAGUGUAAUUCAUUAAUAUUCUACAAUUGUAUUAUUGUAAUUAAUGCAUGACACUGUGCACGUAUGUGUGCAUGUACAGGCUGCUGCAGCAGGGUGAGCUGUGGCGGCGGCCGGAGACCCGCGUGCUGGUGCUGGGGGACACAAGUAACGUGGACGUGCUCCUGCAACACUCAGCGCUGCGCAACACCCAGCACGCCCUGUACAUCACCCCCGCCAGGACCACGACUCACGCACUCUGGGCGACGGGAGAGCUUCCUGGACUGUGUGGGGCUGUGAAGAUUUUGCGGCGAUGUCUGCAGUGCGGCAGCGGUCAGCCACAAGUGCACCUCUUACAUGACUGGAGCCCCGCAGGUGGUCUUCCUGCAAACCUCACCUUUUUUCAAGAUCGCUUCAGACUGACAGGACGUACGCUGAGGGUUGUAGCUAAAACCUACUUCCCUUACUUCCACUAUGAGCGUGUGAGUGACAAGCCCGGAACUCUGGUGCUUCCCAGGGACUCCCUCAACGCAAGGAUGAUAGCGGCCAUUGCCACUGCAUACAAUUUUACGUACGAAGUGCGGGAGCCCGAGGAUGGGGAGUGGGGCUUGCCAGCUGGCGGCGGCAACUGGACUGGUCUCAUCGGCACGCUGCAGCACGAGAAGGCAGACUUCUCGGUGGAUCUGACAGUGACCCUCCAGAGAGCUGAAGUGGUAGAUUUUUCUGUAAUAUACAUUGAUGAGCCAGUAGCAAUUUUUUCGUCAAAACCGAAGCCUCUGCCUGAGUAUCUGUCGCUGGUCAGACCUCUGGAAGGUUAGGGACCACUGAACGAUGCAAGUGUGAAUCUCUCCAGAGCUCUAAAUUUUCAUGACUUAUAUUUACAUCUACAAAACCCGUCAAAAUAGUGAACACAAAUACGAAUUGCUUCAUGGGGCAGGAGAGGUUUGGCUGAGCGUGGUGGUUGGCGUCAUACUGUGGAGCACUUCUCUGUGGCUGAUGCAGAAACUGGGGCAGAAAGUUAUGCAUGGACGGCGCAGUGCAAGCUUCGCCUCGUCCGUCUUCUAUGGCUGGGGUCUGCUGCUCGAGGACCACCCUUACGACCCUCCCACCAACCUCACGGGCCAGGCAAGACUAUAACUUUGUUCAUUUCAUUCAUCCUUAUCUGGUUUACCUCACAGACUGCCUCAUCCUCAUCUCCCCACUUACGAGGUUCACAGUCGUCAGCUUUGGAAGAGUGAUGAAAUAUGAUUCA